UCCCUCUCUCUCCUCACUUGACUUUAAUUGGCUUUCGUCAUCCUUAUGGAGUCCACUCACUGUGCAUGAAAAAAAAAAACAUACAGUAACAAGCAACAUGCGGCCAGGAUGAGAUGAUGGCUUUUAGAAAAGGAAGAAGAGGAUGGGUGCACGAGCUCUGCCCUGUAUGCACUAGAUAAGUUCGAAGCGGAAUCCUGCAGCAUCUCUCUCUCUCUCUCCCUCUCUCUCCCUCGCUCUCUCUGCUCUCUUCAACUUCCAUGGCUUGAGUGGCCCAUUUGCACUCCUGCAGGCAGCUGAAGAGGGAUCAUGUAAGGCAUCACAACGAUCUGAAAAGAAAGAAGAAAACAAAAGAGAGCGAGAGAGCAACUUUAGAGAUGUGGCUUUAUUUUGGGAAUUGGCCGCUCAUCCCACCGGCUCGCCUUGUUGUCCUAUGCGAUCGACAACGAUAGAAGGAAUGCUUGUUGUGGCGUAAACUAUUCCAUCGCCGCCGAAUUGGAAUUGGAGCCCACGGUGGAGGAAGGUUGUGUCCCGAAGCCUUGAAGCCUGUAUGAAUGCUACAUCCGUUUGUCGGACACGCCGCCAGCUUGGAUCACCGAGAAGAGCGCGAAUGGGAAUGCUGCUCCAGGAUCUGAUGCCAUUCACUUUAAGUUGGUGGCCUUUUCUCUUCGCUCAUUGCCUUCUCUCGCUCUUUUUACUCUCGUGCCAGGGAGAACUCCAGAGGUCAUGUUCGCAGACCGCGGCAGAGAAAGUUAGCCAACAGUGCCAGCUGGCGUGCCACUGUAGAAGAUACCCUCCCCUUCCCCCGCCGCCACCUCCGCCACCUCCCCCACGGCUACUGGGCGCCACAGUGGCAGAACCCAUGGUGCCCUUAGUGAGACCCUGGUGGACGGACAUGGACUUUAUAGUGCUGGGAACAGUAGGCUGUGCCUCAGCCGUCUUCCUACUCUCAGCUAUCAUCAUCUGCUACAAGGCCAUCAAGAGGAAACCACUGCGUAAAGAACAGAACGGGACAAGUCGCGGGGAAUACGCCAUGAGCAUCCGCACCAAGAAGACCAUGGGAACAAACAACACUGUGGUAUAGACUUUUAAAGACUCCAGCUCGGAGCAGGAAGUGACAGCAGUCAUCAUUUUCCACCCCUCCUUCCUUCCGCCAAUGAGCAACCUCUUCUCAGCCACAAUGCAACACAGGCUGUCAAACCGCUGAGGACAAGAUGGAAGCAAACGCCACAAAGGAAAGGAAGAACGGCGGUCGUCCUGGUGUGUGGUGUUGAAAAGUGUCCCAGCAGGGCGAACAAGUGUUGCUGACGGGCUGCAGUCAGUCUGCCACGCCACCCAGACCUCGUGCUCCCAUCACACGUGCAAUAGAAGCGCAGACGGCAGAGCGGCCCCCACGUCCCCAUUUUAUCACACACAAUAAAUAACAUGCAUGCACUUUUUUACAGAGAAUGCAACUUCUUUUUUUUUUUAAAUAUCUUCCAUUUUUGUUACUGCAUUUUGGAGACUUGCAGGGGCAUGAUGUGACUGUCACUCCUGGCUCUGAGGUGUGCAUUCAUAUGACUAUGCAAUUUAAAGAAAUCGAUAUUUUCCACAAAACGAAAAAGACAAAAAGAGGUGACGACUUCAACAAGUUUUCAUUGUAUUAUACUUCAGUCAUUCAUCUAUUUAUUUUCUCUAUUUAUUUUUAUACUUAAAAAAGGAUAAUGUACAGUCUUCAAGUUUUAUUUGUUGAUGUUUUUCCUAAGUGAAUUAUUUAUAAGCGAUAUAAUUACUCUGCUGUGGGUCUAGUCGAGACGCUGAUGCAGAAAACGUGCUUGCUCAGCAAAGAGUUUUUGCAUCAAGUUGUCUGUGUGUGUGUGUGUGUGUUUGAUAUGAUUUUCUGUUUUGUUAAAUGUCAGGGGUCUCUAUGGCGUGCUGAGGUGAAUGUGAGUUAUUUCUGUACUGCCGCACACGCUCAAAAGUCAACUCAGUCCAAGUUCUCCCUUACAAGCACAGUGGAACCUCUGAAGUUGAACACUCGGUUCCAAUUACUGGUUCCUCCGAUUCGUUUUACACUUAAUAAAGAUAUAUGAUGAGGACGCUUUGACCCUGGAACAGAUUAAUUUACUUGCCGUUAUUUCCUAUUGGGAAAAUCUGCCUCAUCAUAAAGGUGGUGUCCAAAGCGGGGGCUCGCGGCUUCUUAUUAAAUUAAUGAAUUAUUAAGACAUCACAGGUCAUCCUCAGUUCCGAAUGUUUUGUUUCAUGGUUACGUACAUGUUCCCAUAAAUUCAUUAAAAACUUUAUUUUGGUCGAUAAACGCAAGACUCACUGGAGAACUAUUUGCAGAAUAGACGAUGUGCGGCUCACACCCGGCCUCACUACUCUCAACACUGGACUGUUGUGAGCAUCAGUAAGGGUAAAACAGAUCAAAGAUUGUAUUGUAAUGUCUACCUGGACGUUGUUGGGACGAGGAGGUGGUCCCUCAACAAUCUCUUUAUUGCAAAAAGAGAGGAGGCUACUGUGGGCCGAACCAGGACAAAACAAAAAUUCAGCAAGCUAAUCCGUUCCCUCUGCAUCACAAAACCGUUGCUAACAAAAAAGUUAGAUCUCUCAGUCGCUCGGCGUUAUUUUCUCUCCGUUCGUAUCACUACGCACUCUCGCCUGUCCGUUGUUGUGUAUGUGUUCCACAGCGGAUGAAGACUGUUGCGAUGAGAGCGUCUCCGGUUGCAGCAGUCUCCAUCCGCGCAAUCUAAACACUGUGGGACACAGAGCACGUAGCGAUGUGAACGGAGACAAAAUAACGCAGAGCGACAUUUUUUUAACUUUUUUGUUAGCAAUAGUUUUGUGAUGCAAAUGUAUCACUCCUUUGAGCACAUAUUGUCUUGAGAAGCCAAACUCUUCACUCAAGUGGCCCCAGCAACUGACCGGAACUACGUUCCUCCUCGCCGAAAUCCGACCAGACCUCCUUUCACAGGACAAAGUUGGGGUUAAGUCCCUGUUGAUGGGGAUCAACAACUUCAUGUCAAAAAAUCCGAACUAUCCCUUUAAAGGAUCUGCUGCUAUGAAAGCGACAAUAACACGAGUGCUUAUCAUUAAGAUGGAAAGGUUGCUAGUGCUUUGGCUUUUUUUUAAAUGAAGUUUUAUUACUGUAUUAGUUUGUUUCAUUUAAAGCUUGUAUUUAGUGUUUUAUUGCUGUAUUUUAUGUCCUUCAUGUGUUCUGAGAGUGACUCAUUUAGGUCUAAGACCCGACUUACAGCAAACUUGACUUAAAUCACAGCACCACCUGAUUUACAUAUUACACUAAUAAGUAUUUGCUUUGUCACCCAUAGUACAAAAGCUAAGAUGUCAAUCUUCACUUAGCUUAGCAUAUAUUGACCUACAUUGGAUUGGUUUUAGCACAAAAUGCAUCAAGAUCGCAUCCUUUUGAAUGUUUCUGCAUGGGGCCCUUGGUGAAAAUUAUUGACAGCCCCGGUAGAGGCAGUGCAGGCAAAGCACUGUACAGUAUAAUUAAGCUAAAUAAAACUAUAAAAAAGAGAGUCCAACUGCUAAACUGCUCACCCUUUGAUGAUUGCAGAGGAGAAUUGCUGACUUCAUGCAUCAUGCUUCUUAGCAUUCCAUUGGUAGUGUAGUGGAUCCCUUUUCCGAUGUUGGUCAGAUUUAUUUGUUUGUUUUUUCUACAGAAAACGCAUCUCACUCACCCUAAGUUGGUGAUAAUUUAUAAAUGUGUGGUAAUACAGGUAGAAUGUACUAUAUACAUGUACCAGGGUUCAAUUUUUACAUUAAUGUCGUUAUGCAUCACUGAUAAAAGUUUUUUUGCCAAGUGUUCAGAAUUCGCAGUUUGUGCUGCGGUCUUUAAACGCACUACAGCUGUGUGCUGUGGGACACAAACAUUUGGCUACGAAAGCACGAGCUUUGACGUUCAAUCCGCCCUCAAAACUUGCGGUGGGGUAAACACAAGGUAAUAUAUCAUCGUACAUCAUUACCGGAAAUACAGCAGGCAAGCAGUGUGGAUUAUUUAGACGCAGAUAAUCCAUCUGUUCAUGGAUUAUCUUACUUAUCAUCCAUUAGUGGUGAGUACUUCUACAUUUUAGACUUGAAAUGUGUUUCUGGAUUAACAGAUUUCUGGAGCUGAAUCUAAUCUAAUCAUUACAGCAAUCACGUUUAUUGCAAAUGGUGAUCUGAAAUCAGAGGAGAAGGUCAACAUCACGGUUUUUCGCCAUUCGCUGGUAGUACCGGGUAUGUAAACCCCCAGUGACAAGCGGGAAUCUACCAGACACUUAAAAAUAUCAAUUCUGUGGCGACCAUUUAGAAGUUGGCAUAAAAAUCGAACAAAGUACAAUUGUAGGAAAAAUUACAGGUCCACUUUAAAGGUACCCUGUGAUUGACUGUCCAUGGUGUACCCCACCACCAGCAUAGACUCCAGCUCACCUUAACCCUCAACAGCAGAAAGUGAAUGCUAUUAUUUAGUAUCAUCAAACAAUAGCUUAGAGCGUGUCCUGGUAAUUAAUCACCCAUGACUCUGAUGACGCAGAUACGUUCACAAAUGCGGUGGCUGUGUGUGCCUGUGAGGCGAGUCUCUUCACUUUAAAUACUAAAUACAGCUGAUUGUACUGGGUAGCACAUGUGUACCACUUUGCUAUGAUGCAUCCAUUUUCCUGAUCUGUGGUAAACCCACUUUAACAUUACUGGUAAAACAAAGAAAAAGCAAAACAAAGUUAAAGGACAGCCGUUUCCAACCCUUUCGUUGCCUUUUAAUAUGUUCUCGCAUGUUUAACAAAAGUCUAACAAAUCUCAUUUGAAGAUGAAGAAGGCAAAAAAAAAAAAAGUGCAAUUGCAGUACUUUUUAGUAGGUUGAAAAUGCCCAAAUGCAAGGUUUUCACGCCUUCUAAAAUGUCCCACCUGGUUGGGGAUGUUCUUUAGAUGCUCACUGAGCUGAAGUCUCACAGUUCGAACUCGCAAUCGGUCAAAUUCCAAGCUUUUAAGACUUCAUUCAACUUAAGAGGUUCCACUGAAGCGUCACCAGGGUCGGCUCGAUCGCCAUAGAAACUGGGGGGGCUGACCUUGUGAGUGUGGAGAGACAGGACACCUGGACCAUACUCAGAGAUCAGGUUGCAUUGGUGUUUGUGUGUGUGCCUGUGUGUGUGUGUGUGUGUGUGUGUGUCACGAGCAUCCUCCACAUCUCCUCUGGAAGAACACAACUGAGCUGGACUGGAGCAUCACUUGACGCUGCUCUCCUUUUUCACAUAAAAUCUGUGUGUGUGUGUGUGUGUGUGUGUGUGCAGAGUGAGUAUAAAUACUGGCUAACCUGUUGUCAAAAGAAACAAAUGCUUCCAUCUAAACGCACAGAUAGAAGUCGCUAAUGUACCAACAAGCCCUGUAACAUGUAUACGGACUGUCUGUCAGAAGACAUGAUGGAUGCAUGAAUGUAAAUAUUGCUAUUUAAAGUAUCUGCCUUCUGGACUGUUAAUUCAUGCACAAGAACAUCAUGUUUAUACAUAGUCAAACGAAAACGACCAUUAAGAGUUGGUGUUGUCAUGUUGAUGGAACAAGCCAUUAAUGUAUAUAUGGCAAUCAGUACUACAAACACACGAUUUAUGCAUUACACCACACGUGUUUUGUAAAUAAAAGUGUA